AUGAAACUCGAGUUCGCGGCACUCAACAUCCCGCUGGCGCGGUGUCUGCAGACCGCGGCGGUGCUUGUGGGGCUUUUCUCUUUCCUCCUGAUGGCACAGGUGUGCACUGGGAUCAUGGCAAUGUUGAUCAUAUACGACUACUGGUUCCUUUACAUCCCAUAUCUGACCUGGUUCUACUUUGACUGGCAAACCCCAGAGCAAGGAGGCAGGAGUGUCAACUGGGUCAAAAACUUGACUGUGUGGAGGCAUUUUAAGGACUAUUUCCCAAUUCAUCUCAUCAAAACCCAGGAGCUGGAUCCAGGGCACAAUUAUAUAUUCGGGUUUCACCCUCAUGGAAUAUUUGUGCCUGGAGCCUUUGGAAAUUUUUGCGUAAAUUACUCAGACUUCAAGAAGCUGUUUCCCGGUUUUACGGUAUAUCUUCAUGUGGUCUCGUGCUGGUUCCGAUGCCCACUCUUCCGAGAAUAUGUAAUGAGCUUGGGGACGGUUUCUGUUUCUAAGAAGAGCAUAUCUCAUGUGUUGAGCAAGGACGGAGGUGGGAACAUUUCUGUCAUUGUCCUUGGGGGUUCAAAGGAGUCACUGGAGGCCCAUCCAGGAAUCUAUAACCUAUGUAUCCGCCACCGCAAAGGAUUUGUUAAGAUUGCCUUGACCAAUGGAGCCAGUUUGGUCCCAGUGUUUUCUUUUGGUGAAAAUGAGCUUUAUAACCAAGUUAGCAACCCUGAAGGUUCGUGGCUUCGAACUGCACAAAACAGACUGCUGGAGUUAACGGGGCUUGCCUUGCCACUGAUCUAUGCCCGAGGUAUAAUGCCCUAUCGGAAGCCAAUCUACACUGUUGUUGGCCGCCCCAUCCCUGUCCAGCGGACUCCACACCCGACCCCAGAGCAGACUGAACAGCUGCAUCAGACCUACGUGGAGGAGCUAAGGAAACUAUUCGAUGAGCACAAAGGGAAGUAUGGUAUUCCAGAACACCAAACUCUGGUUUUUAAGUGACUCUCCAUCUGCAAGGCAUAAAGGAAGAUGAGAGCACUGUUGAAAAACAAAUAAAUAUUUUAAAUAAGUUCACUGUGGGUUUCUUUGUUGGACUGUAGACUCCAAUUGCAGCUGAAAGGUAUUAUUAGUAAUGGAGACAGCUGCUGUUAUUUUAUACUGUAAUAAAUAAAAAUACAACAAAUCCCAGUGGUAAA